AGUAUAUGAAUAAGAAGACAUAAUGAACCUUUUUGAGCAAAGGUUUUAUCCGGCCCGCGGGAUUAGUUUGCUCAGUAUAAAAAUUUACCAGACAAUUUUGAAUGAAAGAAACUGCUGUUCUAAAUGUGUCCACUGAAUGUCGCAAUAACAAUUCUUUGUAUCUUUGUAGGCAGCACGGUGGAAGAGGGUUUAGUGCGUCUGCCUCACAAUACGAAGGUCCUGAGUAGUCGAUCUGUGAAGCGCUGCCAGGGGACGUGGACCCGGUGACUGGGCUGCAUGAUUCAGCAGAAUAAAUGGUGUGCUGGAUGCUCACCAGUAGCCGUCCUCCUGUCCCACGUCAAUCAGCUCCUCCGUGUCCGACUCCUCGGAGCUGUAGUCGUGGGGUCUCUUCAUCUCGCCGGCCCUGGACGAGGAGGAACUGUCGCACGGCCGAUGCUCUUGUUCUUCUUCCUCUCUGGUGGCGGAGGGCGCCACGCUGAAGAUUUGCCACCCGCCGGUCCCGUCUCCUCCUUAUAAGACGCCUUCUGCUUGAUUGCCGCGCUGUAUGAACGGAACAGAAUUGGGGAACUUUUGCAGGAUCGCCGUGCAGAGGAGCCUCCAGACGGAAGUCGUAAAAGAAAAAGUGGCAACAAAACAGAAUGCCCACUGAAGUCUAGACAUGGAGGUGCCUUACUACCUACCCAAAUUACUUUUUGAGCUCAACGAGCAGCGCAAGCGAGGCUUCUUCUGUGACUGCAGCAUCCUGGUCGAGGGCCGCGUCUUCAAGGCACACCGGAACGUUCUGUUUGCAGGAAGCGGUUACUUCCGGGCUCUUUUGGUUCACUAUUUACAGGACAGCGGACAGCGCCACAGCACGGCGUCAUUAGACAUCGUCACGGCCGACGCCUUCUCCAUCAUCUUAGACUUCCUCUACUCGGGCCGCCUCAGCCUGAGCAGCAGCAACGUCAUCGAGGUGAUGUCAGCGGCCAGCUACUUGCAGAUGACCGACCUGGUGAACCUCUGCAAAGGCUACAUCCGCUCGUCUUUGGAAAUAUGCAACAAAGGCAAAGAGGCCAAAACGGAGGUGGAGAACGCGGAGGAGGGAAGGUACAGACUGGCGGACAGCGGCACUUCUGCUGUGACAAACCUCAGCAGUGGCGGGACUGCGGACCCUCGCUCGCAGGGUACGGAAGCACAUGGAGCGUCAAUAAACUCGACUCAAAGGCCUUUGUCCACCCACGAGGACACCCCUGCCGGCCCAAGCAAAGACUACCAGUCUGGGGAGGAAAGACCAAAAGCGCACCUGGAUCACGCGAACCACUCCUCCUCUUCAUGUUCUGCUCUGACGCCAGAGUUAGUGCACCCCAAGAUAGAGUACGACCCCGAUGAGGAGCUUUUAGAGUCCCCCGACAGUAAAGACCUGGCUUCAUAUCCUGGACCAUCUCUUCUUCACCAAAGCAAACAAGUUCCCCCAAGCACCAGCUUCUCCACUGAGCGCUCCUUCACAGGCUCCUCCCUGAGCGGCAGGCAGCCCAUGGAGAUGCAGGUCAAGGGGGAAGGCUCUAAGCUGGAGCGAGGUGGUCUGCGACUUUCCCAAGGAGCACGGGGAGCUUCCAGAAUGGAGGACGGUUUAGGUUUUGUUGGCUCAUCCGUGAUGGAGAUCCAGUCCGAUUGGCUCGGGGAGGACACGGGAGACAACUUGCUGGUGCCGGUCAAACUCCACAAGUGCCCGUUCUGUCCGUACACGGCCAAGCAGAAAGGUAUCAUGAAGAGACACAUUCGCUGCCACACGGGCGAGAGACCCUUCCCUUGUCCCAUGUGUGGCAAGAGGUUCACCAGGCAGGAGCACCUUCGCACCCACGCCGUCAGCGUGCACAGGCACGACCUGCCUGUGUCGUGCAAGAGCUGCAGGCGCGUCUUCACCGGCUCCACCGUCUCCCCCGGCCUGAGACGCUACGGCAUCUGCGACAGCUGCAACUGCGUGACCACCACGCACACCGACUCCACGUCGGCCCACGCUGCCGGCCUGGCCGAGCCCAUGGAGCGCGGCGACGGCGGCACCGACUGGUCCAGUUUCAUGGACGACGUGGACGAGGUGGAGGUGGGCCGGGUGGAGGACUUGGUGGAGAAACAGAUGCUGGAAAAGCACCUUGGUGCCUGCAACAACGUAGGUCACACACUGAAGUCCGAAGGGAACUUUUAUGAUUAAUCGUUGAACUUUAUUCAUUCUUAUAUAUACAUAUAUAUAUAAACAUACAGCUUUGUGUCUCUUUGACAUAAUAUCCAUUUUUGAGCGAUGCAGAGUGUGGGUACCUCUGCCUCAGUCAAGAGAUUCCAUCGGAACAUUUGUGUGUGGAGUUUGCACGUUCUCCCUCUGAUAAAACAUGCCAAUUAGAGACUCCUAAUUGUCCAUUGUCUGAAUGUGAUGUGUUCAGUACAUUGCCCCAAGUCUGUCACCUUCAUUUUCUAUUUCAUUUACAUAAUAUUACUAAGUCCCUCACUGGCAAACCUUGUAUUAACUAUAAUUGGUGACACAAGCGUCGUGGGUUCUAUUCCCGUCUAGUCCAUGGAUUAUUUAUUUGAUUUUUAAAUUGAUUUAAUAGUGAUAUGUGAUGAAAAUAAAUUAAAAAAUCAAUUUUUACCCAU